AUGAAACAUCAAUUCUUUAAUGGUGGAAAAGGUUGGUGUGAGAUAUGUGGAAAUAAACUAUUCUCAAAGGGAAUGUAUUGUGCUCAAUGUGGAAUGACAAUCCAUCAAUUUUGUAUUGAUUUAUGUAAUGAACCAUGUCUUGAAAAUAAAAUUUAUCCAAUAGUAGAAGAUUAUGACCAAAAUGCAAAAAAGAUUAAUGCACAUUUAUUGUCUUAUAAUAGAUAUAACUGGGUAAGUUAUUGUGUUGUUUGUAGAAAAAUAAUCCCACCUCAAUUUAAAUGUUGUUUAUGUUCCAUUUGUGGUAUUAAAUUACACGAAGAGUGUAUUAGUUUAAUUAGGUGUGGAUGUAAACCAUUACAUGCAGUAGAUCAUUGGCUAGUUAAAGGUAAUUGUAAUGGUAUGUGUUGUGUUUGUAACAAAAAUGUAGGUAGUUUAUUUGUAUUAAAAGAUUUUAAAUGUGUUUGUUGUCAAAAAGUUGUUCAUUCAACUUGUUUGAAUAAAAUGUUACCAUGCAUUCCAACACUAACACUAUAUAAUGUAUUAUCUGAACCACUUCGAUAUCCUAUUAUCAUUGUAUCUUCUACAAAAGUUUAUAAUCAGUUUAAUAUUAAUUUAUUAAAUGAGAGUAGACAAUUACUUUCACCAGAACAAGUAUUUGACUUACAAUAUGAUUUAGAAAAUUUAUGUUUAUACAUAAAACAUUAUCAGCAAUGUGUUCUUGUUAUUUCAUUGGAUAAUAGUGAAUUGAAUGAAUUAUUAAAUCUUUUUAGUAUGGAAAAAAUAGAAAGAAAAAUGAUAAUAACUCCUUGUGGAUUAGAUAACGACUUAAGUCUUUAUUGUGAUUGGAAUCGAGAUUUAGUUUCUUUCACAUAUAAGUUUUUAUCUAAAAUACCUAAUUCUUUUUCUAUUGAUUAUGAUAUUUGGGGGACAGACCAACUUUCUUUUAUGAAAUUUCUUUGUAUUGGACUUGAUGGACUACCACCAUUAACAUUUUCUAGUGUUGUAUACAAUUCAGUUAAACUAUUAACUUAUCCAUUUUCAACAUCAACACUAACACAACCACUAAGUAAUAUACUUGAUAUUCAAGUAGAUAAUGUUAUUGUUCAAUUACCAAAAAUAUCAAUAUUAAUGAUUUUAAAUUUAUCAACAUUUUGUGGUAUCCCCCUCUGGAAUGUAACAGAUGAUGAUUAUAUUUUUGGAUUCCAAGAUUCUGAAGUGAAUGAUGGAAUCUUUGAGGUAAUUGGAUUUACAGAUAUAUCUCAUUUUACUCAUUCAUUAAAAUUAUUACAAGUACCAAUUAAAAUAACACAAGGAAGUUCUAUCAACUUUAAAAUAAAGAGUCCUCUUCCAGUGUAUUUUGACUCAAAACGAGUUAUAGCUCAAACACCUUUUACAAUACAAAAAUUAACAUCACAAAGACUUGGAAUUAGGAAUAAUAACUAUUGA